GGUUCAAUGAGUUGUCUGUAACCGUUGUUUGUGAUCUCCUGAGUAAAUAUGUUCCUUGUUUGUGAUGACGGGAGGUAGAAAAAGAAAUAGAAAAGUCAAAACAAAUACAACAAUAAUAAUCGACUCUCAAGUUUUCUUUUGAAACAAAUAUUUUUCACUUUAAUUUAGAGUGACUGGAAUUGUGUCUAUCACAAUGGAAGAGGAAAAUAAACUGCCGCUAAAACGAGUCGAAUUGUCUCUGACAAAGUUCAACGAAGUGGCCAUUCCACACCACUUGGACUUGCUGCGACAACAUAAAGCUAAUAUUGUAAAGUACGAGGAGAGCGGGCAGUAUGCGCGCGUGCGUGCGGAGCAAACCCACGCCCGGCGCGUGGCGGCGCAGCUGCGGGCGCUGCUUCAGGAGCUCGGCGCGCUGCGGCGCCAGGUGCGCGCCGAGGACGUGCCGCGCUUCGACCGCCGCACCGAGCGCGCGCGCGAGCUGACCCGCCGCGCCAUCGCGGACUACCUCGGUAUGUGCUGCUGCUGCUGCUGCUGCUGCUGCUGCUGCUGCUGUGUGACACAGUACAGUACACGCUGCUGCAGGAGCUCGAGUCGGCGCCGAUGGCGAUACCUUCGCCGGCGGCGGACGAGCCGUGCGCCGGGUCCACGGAGUCGGUGGGGCUGGUGGCGCACUGCGAGCCGGCGGACGAGCCGUGCGCCGGGUCCACGGAGUCGGUGGGGCUGGUGGCGCACGAGCCGGGGGGGCUGCUGGCGCACUGCGAGCCGCCGGACGAGCGCGAGCUGCAGCUGCGCGCGCGCGAGGCGGCGCUGCGCGGCUGGGCCGAGCUGCACGCCGACGUGCGCGCGCUGCACGAGGCGUGGGCGCUGCUGGGCGCGGCGGCGCUGGCGGCUCGCGAGCCGGUGCGCGCGGCGGACGAGCGCGUGGGCGCGGCGGCGGCCGACGUGCGCGCGGCGCGCGGCGCUCUGGCGGCGGCGGAGCGGCUGCGCGCGGGCGCGUGGGGCGCGUGCGGCGCGCUGGCGGGCGCGCUGCUGGGCGGGCCGGCGGGCGUGCUGCUGGGCGCCAAGGCGGGGCUGGCGGUGGGGCUGGCGGCGGGCGGGCUCGGCUACCUGGGCGGCGCGGGGCUGGCGCGCGCGCGCCGGGCGCUGCCCCCGCCCGCCGCGCCGCAGGACAAGGACCGCUAGUGGCAGAGUGUUUGUUGUACAAUUGUAUUCGUUACGGCUCCCCACGAGAACGCCGAGUCGUCACUAGUUUUGAACGUAAAAAAUGAAUAUCUUGCAGUGAAAUCCGCAAUAAGUUGAGAACAAACAACAAAAGACAUUUGUGAAGUCAAACUUCAUCUGGUGGUUUCAGAAGCAUCUUGGCACUAUUUUAGCUUUUAGUUAGUUAAUUUUAUUGUAUUUUCGAAUUAAAUUGACUUUUUUUAAUUUAUGACAAGACAGACAAAAUAACUGAUACUGAACUGAGUUGAUAUAGACCUUAUAUAAUAUAUAUAUAAUAAUUUUAAAAGUACCUAUCUAAAUUUGCGCUAUCUAUACUCACUAUUUCAAUAAUAUUACAUAUUUAACAAAUUUACUCGUAAAGUAUUUCUUAUUUCAACAAUGUUAUAAUUUAUCUCAUUACGCACAAGUGCCGUAAUGUAAAGUAAAAUUCACAUGUGCUGUAAUCUAUCUAUAUAUAUAAAAGAAAGUCGGGUUUGUUACAACACUUAUAACUCGAGAUCUGCUGGACCGAUUUUCAAGGUUUUUGAUUCGUGGGAUUUGUCUCCGCCAAGAAUAACAGAAUACAUCUUAAAAACAAUGAAAACUCGCCGAAUAAAUAAUUAUGAAAGAUGAAUAAUUUUCGAUAAAUGUUACUUUGUUUAGUAGUUAGUAUCUGUCAAACUUUGUUGUCCAAUUGUACAUCCUGUCAAAUCAGUGUUACCAACUCCCAUAAAUAUUUAUUCCUAAAAUUUGUGUCAAAACAUCUAAAAUCGCCUUAAUUAUUGAGUUGUCCCCCUAAAAAAUAUAAAUUCAUAACGAUUUAGAAAUAAUAUGCUGUAAUAUGUUUCAAAUUCUUUAUUUAAUACAUCUUCUUCAUCUGAAGAUUCAGAUAUCUAAUUCAGAUUGAUUCAGAUAUUUUGAAAUCAUACAAAUUUUUGUUGACAUUGAAUAAAUUUAACAAUUUUUUUUAAUGAAUAAAUAUUGCUGCCAGUCGCCACAGAGUGGUUGAGGAAAUUACGUUUUAACUAUAAGUCGUUAUACUUGUAAGUCGCUAGGUCAAGAAAGAAAUAUUAAUAUUAUCAAUUUGAAAAUACAUAUUAAAGAGUCAAAACAUCCCUGAAAAUACCCCUAAAAAUUUCAGACCCCUAAAAAAUCCCGUCUCACUUAUUUACCCCCUAAAUCUGGGGUAAAAACCCCUAAGUUGGGAACCCUGUGUCAAAUACUGUAAUGAUUGACAUUUAUACGUGCGUUCAGAAAUACUGACAAAUGAUUAACAUUUACGCGUGCGUUUAUAAAUCGUUGUAAUUUUAGAACUCAAGAACGGGCUCACCUAUCCAAACCAAAUGUUUAUUAGGCUUUGUUCGGACUAGUUAGUAGAUAGCUUACAUGAAGUUUGCACAAAAUCGGUUGUCAUUUAACACAUUGUUUGUAACAAAUGAAUUCAGAUGUAGGGUAGGGGUGGGGUAGGGUAGGGUAGGGGUAGGAGUAGGGUAGCGUAGGGUAGGGUAGGGGUAGGAGUAGGGUAGCGUAGGGUAGGGAUUGGGAAAGAGUGCACAUAAAUCAAAGCGAAGCUUGACCGGGUCCGCUAGUGUAAUAUAAAACUUUGUGAGGUAAAAUAUAAUAAAUAAACAUUUAAUUCUUUGAUUUUAAUAAUUUUGACAAUAAAUGACAACCAUCUGUAACAGAAACACAAAAAUAUCAAUUUACUUUAUGAGUAACACUGGCGGUUUUUGGUGCAUUUGCCUAAAAAAACUAUUGCUCGCACUUUGCUAUCUGUGUAAAAAAACUAGCAUGUCAUCUUAUGCAAAACCGCACAAUUACAUCAUAAUGUACCUACUAUUAGGUUAUUGUGGAAUUUAGAGUACCUAUCAUGAUCAAACUCUCCGACGUUGUAUUCGAUUUAGUUGUGUUUCAUAAUAAAUUAAUAUUUAGGUUAUGUACAUACGAAUGUAUGUAUUUGUAUGUAAAUACAAUUUUUUCCUUAAAGUUAAUAUGUUAGGUGAAACUUAAUAGAACUUAUAGAGUAUAUACCUUUCAUAAUAUAAAAUUAAUGUCCUAUAGUCAGAUCGGGUAGGUAUUUUAAACAAUGUAAAUAAACAAAAACAUAUGAUUCAGGGGUGCUCAACAUUUUACUAAAGCAUUAUUCACGAAUAUUGUCAUGAAAUAAAACUUCCUUUGAUAGACAAUUUUUUUUAUAUUUUAUGUUCCUAUAAACUGUUAUUUACCGAACAGAUAAUGUUUCACUUAUAUUUAGGGUUCCGUGGUCAAUAAAGAACCCUUAUAGUUUUGUUUUUUUAUUAUGUAUAAGCAAGCACCGCUUAGCUGUACGCUAGAUUGUAAGCUAUGAGGCAGCCUUUGGUAGAACGCGCUUGCCUAGAAGAUGCCUAUUCACUCUUGACUUGAAGAUACCCAUACCCAUGUCCGUCUGUCCUUCUAUCUGUAACUCAAUUACUAAUAGAAAACUGUAGCCUGACUAUGAAAAUUAUGUACGCGAUUAUAGGCGUAAAUUAAAAACUUGACAAGUAGUUUUUACUCGUUUUCUCGUAGUGUGGGUUAUUGUUAGAUAUACGUUUUUAUGUAGAAUUUGAUGAGUUUGUUAAGACACUACUUUUCAAUUUAGGCCUCUAUUUGUAAAAUAUUAAGAUUUAAAGUGCUAAUUUAAUUUCGUACUAAACUAAAUAAAAUUAAAAACAGUAAACGAACAACAAAUAACAAUAAUAAACAAUAACAACGAAACGAGAACAAAACGAAAUAACAAAAAUUAUAAGGGAAGAAAAUACGCACAACAAACUGGAUUUAGUUAACGAAUACUGUGAAGUAGGAGUAUUAGUCACAGACAAAAAAUAAAGUAGUGUUCUGUGCUGUGAAGUGUGAACUGUCAAAUCUCAAAUCUUCUUUCACUUAUACAAAAUCAAAAAAUUAAUCAUAGUUUAAGGUAAUUCUGCAAUAAAUGAAAAUAUUUUAUUCACAUUAUAAUAAAAGAAAACAUCAUUUGAAUUACAACUUCUUUCUUCUUUUGAUAUGAUAAUACGAUAAUACGAUUUAUAAAAUUAAUUAAAGCUCUUAUUUAAUUUUAUAAAUGCAUAUUAAUACCCAUAAAACUCAAUCUUUGUUUUUCAAAAUGGUUUGUGACUCAUGUCUGCUUGGGGUAUUUAAGGUUCUUUUUAUGUCGUUUGUGUUGUAUUUCUGCAAACUCUAUUUAAUUAACAUAGAGGAAUUAGACAUGGAAAUGCAUCGCACCCAAAUGCAGCAACAAAAUUGUCUGUCGUUUUUAGAGGGGAACGAGGUAAACUCACACAUCGAAAAAAUUUAACAAGAAUAAAUAAUAAUUAUAAUCUGCACACAGAAUAUUUAAUUAAUGGAUCAAUGUUUUGUUGUUCGUUCGUUCGUUAGAAGAAUAGAAUCGAUUUUUCUUUUAUAUAUUGUUUUAAUUUAUUAUUAAUUAUAAUUAUGUUUUUGACGACCUCCGUGGCAUGCGCGGUGGAUUUACAAGACGGAGGUCCUGGGUUGGAUUCCCGGCUGGGCCGAUUGAGGUUUUCUUAAUUGGUUCAGGUCUGGCUUGUAGAAGGCUUCGACCGCUAAGGCGUACCGACAAGCGAUUUAGCGUUCCGGUACGAUGUCGUGUAGAAACUGAAAGGGGUGUGGAUUUUCAUCCUCCUCCUAACAAGUUAGCCCGCUUCGAUCUUAGAUUGCAUCAUCAGUUACUGACUGAACAUCAGUUACUGAGUGAGACUGAAAUCAAGGGCUACCAUGUAAAGAAUAACAAACAUAAAAUAGAAAUAUUUUCAAAUUAAACGUCACGUCAUUUUUUAGUGAAUUAGAAGUUGUUGACCGUUUUUCAUGCCAUUGACUGACUGACUACUUACUACACAAACCGGAAUUAUUAGAGAGCUUUUUAGACGACGAAAACGAUUACAACAAUGAAACAUCGAUACAAUCGAUAACGCGUUAGAUCGUUGGUUGUUUGACAGAGAGGUAACGUCUUGCGGGGCAGGUCUUUCUAUAAUUGGUCCGUGAUAAUUAAUUUGUUGUAUGUGAAUCCGGACUCAAAAGGGCUAGAACCCAGAGCCGUAAAGCUUAUUAUUAAAAAUAAAAUGUACGUGAAUCGAAACGAAAAGUGUCGCUUAAAAGAACCUUUUUGAGUAGUAUUAUUGUUGUGUAAAAAACCUAAAGUUGUGGACUAUAAAUCUGUAUACCUAAUGUACAUAAAACGCUGUAAAAUAUUGUAUAUUGUAGUAAAUAGAUUUAUAUUAUAUUAUUGGAAAAACUAAAUAAAAAUAUUACUUGGGUCCUUAUUAGGCUAUAAAUGUCUUUAAUAGUUUUGAGACAAGUUCUGUAUGUUUUAUUUCUAGUCAAUGUGAUGUACGAGCCGUGAUAGCCCUGUGGAUAUGACCUUUGCCUUCGAUUCCGGAGGGUGUGCGUUCGAAUCCAAUCCGGGGCAUGCACCUCCAACUUUUCAGUUGUGUGCAUUUUAAAAAAUUAAAUAUCACGCCUCAAACGGUGAAGGAAAAACAUCGUGAGGAAACCUGCAUACCAGAGAAUUUUCUUAAUUAUCUGCGUGUGUGAAGUCUGCCAAUCCGCAUUAGGCCAGCGUGGUGGACUAUUGGCCUAACCACUCUCAUUCUGAGAGGAGACUCGAGCUCAGCAGUGAGCCGAAUUUGGGUUGAUGAAUGAUGAAAGUGAUGUAAUUAUCAUUUUGUCAUCCUGAGGUGACUGUCAUAUGACUGUGCAUGUGACUGUGCAUGUGACUGUGCAUGUGACUGUGCAGGUGACUGUGCAGGUGACUGUGCAUGUGACUGUGCAGGUGACUGUGCAUGUGACUGUGCAGGUGACUGUCAUGUGACUGCACAACUGCACAAGUGAGCUGCUGAAGCUGUAUAGUGUAAAUACAUUACUAUUUACUACAAGUGAAAGUGUAUCUAUUUAUGUUUGCGUUGUUUUGCUAUAUUUGUUACAACAAUAGAAGCUAUUACAUUAAUAUUAUGUAUAUAUUAUAACUAUAUAAUAGAUGUGCUACGCGCAUUGUGUUCAGACAUUCGAUGUCAAAUGUUAUUCUAGUAAUAUCUGAGCUGGUAGCUAUGUGGGUACAAAAUGGCUGUCAAAAUCGUUUUUAAAUUAUGCAAUAAGUACUAUUACUUAAUUAAUGCCUUGUACUGUACAUUUUAGAAAAAUACAUAAUAUAUCACAUUUAUAUUUUCCA